AUGGAAGAAGCUAUGGAGAGAUUUCUGAGAACGGAUGAUGUUUCCCAGAAGCUCUCAGAGGGUGAGAAAGAAGCCACUAGGAACAGAAAAGCAAAAGUCCUGAAGUGCCUUGAGAGUCUCUGCAUUGACUGUAAUGAGGAUAACAUGCCCAAUAUCGCUGUCCUAGGAUCAGGCGGAGGUCUGCGGGCCAUGAUAGCCUUUCUGGGAACCUUGGUGGAGCUGAAGAAUCAGGGCCUGUUGGACGCUGUCAUGUAUCUGUGUGGGGUAUCGGGUUCCACCUGGUGCAUGUCCAACCUCUACAAAGACAAAGACUGGACAGAGAAAGUGCAGGUCUUGGAAAAACGCCUGUGUGAUACACUUCACAAUUCAGUUCCUAUUGAAAAGGAGUUUACUAUUGCGAUAAAGGCAGCUGAAGAUGAACUCUUCUCUCUGACUGAUGUCUGGGCAUCUUUCUUUGUCUAUUCUGCAUUGAAGCAGUAUGAUGAGACCAAAUUAUCUCAACAUGAUGAUGCCUCCAGAAAUGGCAAAAAUCCUUACCCUAUCUACGCAGCAAUAGAAGCAAACCAAUUGGACAAAGCAGGUGAAAACAGCCCAGGGACCUGGUUUGAAUUCACCCCCCAUGAAUCUGGCUUUCCCGGUCUGGGGGCUUUUGUGUGCACUGAAGACUUGGGAAGCAAAUUCAAGGAUGGGAUUCUGAAAGAAAAGAGGGAUGAGAAAAAUAUCUGCUACCUGCAAGGCUUAUGGGGAAGCGCCCUUGGAAGGAUGGAGGAAAACAUUAACUAUUUAAUAGGUACUGAUUGCACUUGUGCACAUUGUCAGGGUGUCCACCACCUCUUGGAACUUCUUGUUCAUGCCUCAGCAGGGAAAGACUGCGAGGGAGUCUUCAGGCAGCUGAAGGAAGUGUUGAAAGAGGAGAAUAGCAACAAUUCCUACCUGAAGUGCUGUGAAGUGAGUGAGACCUGGCAUUUGAAGACCUUGGAAGAAAGGAUUACAGAGUUCGCUCACCUCAUCAGGAUCUUUGAAAAUGAAGUUGGAGGUACUGAUUGCACUAGUGUACACAGUCGGGGUGUUCUCCUCCUCCUUCUGGAGCUCCACAUUCAUGCCUCAGCUGGGAAAAACUGCGAGGGACUCUUCAGGCAGCUGAAGGAAGUGCUGAAAGAGGAGAAUAGCAAGUAUUCCAAUCUGAAGUGCUGUGAAAUGAGUGUGUCCUGGAAUCUGAAGAGCUGUGAAGAUAGGAUUGCGGAGUUCGCUAAAUACAUCUGGACUUUGAUAAAGGAACUUGGAGGAUGUGUAUGGAGUGUAUGGCAAUUGUUAUGGAAAACCGUGACCUGUAUGUGCCACUGGACAUGGGGGUGGACCAACAACUUUCUGUACACAGAUAGAAAAGCCCAAUCCACUGGAUUGACCAACGAAGAAUUCAUCUGCUUGAUCGAUGCCGGCCUUGCCAUAAAUUCCGCCUACCCCCUCGUUCUGCGCCCGGAGAGGAAAGUGAAACUGAUCCUCUCCUUCGACUUCAGCGACGGGGAUCCUUUCGAAACCAUCAAGAAAACUGCCAAGUAUUGUGAGACAAAUAACAUCCCAUUUCCUGAGAUAAACCCAGAAGAGACUAAGGACAUUGAUAAACCAUCUGACUGCUACAUCUUCAAAGGAAAAGAUGUUCCUACCGUCAUGCACUUCCCUCUCUUCAACAACAAAAAUUGUCCAGGUAAAAUAAAGGACUUCAGAGAAACAUUUACCACCUUUACUUCAUCCUACUCAGAGGACAAUAUCAAAGUACUCCUCAAAAAAGCCAAGAUGAAUGUAUCCAACAACAAGAAGAGAAUUCGGGAGGAGAUCCAGCAGAUUGUGUCCUCCUCCACCAAGGAGUUUUAA